UAAAAGCUCCGAGACCGUUCUUUUUCAUUCAACCCGUCGUGCAAAAGACACCUGCCAAGAUGCAAAACGAAGGAGGAGAAUAUGUGGACAUGUACACUCCCCGAAAGUGUUCUGAGAGCAACAGGGUUAUUGGUGCCAAGGAUCAUGCAUCUAUCCAGAUUAAUGUUGGAGAGGUUGAUCCUGUAACUGGUAUCUACACACGGAGCUUCAAGACGUACGCCAUCUGUGGAGCCAUCCGCGGAAUGGGCGAAUCAGAUGACAGCAUCAACAGGUUAGCCAAGAGAGACGGCUACAUUGCAAGCAACUUCUAAGGAAACUGUAUGCAGUGGAAGAUGUCAUCUUUUCAUCAAUGAUAGCACCAUUAAUAACAGACUUUUCCAAAACCAAUGCCAACAAACUGCACUACAAGGAUCUGGUAUAGAACUGUUUUAAUGGUCUAACUUUGUUGAGGAAUAAAUGAUUGUCUUCUAAAAAA